UCUCUGCAUUUCUUUGCCUUUUACCUUCUCAGAAAGAGAAACAAUGGCAAAAACGGUCAGCCCAGAUGCUAUUUCAACUAUUUUAGCGAACCCAUCGCCGGAUUCUUCUUCAGAUCUUCCUGAAAUUAUUGUUCAAGUAGUGGAUCUCAAGCCCACUGGCAACAGAUACAUGUUUUCAGCCAAUGAUGGGAAAAUGAAGAUUAAGGGCAUUCUUCAAUCUAGUUUGUCUUCUGAAGUUAUAUCUGGGUCCAUACAGAACCUGGGUCUUAUUCGGAUUAUUGAUUACACCCUCAAUGAUAUCCCAACUAAGAAUGAAAAGUACUUGAUUGUAACUAAAUGUGAGUCAGUGUCUCCUGCUCUUGAAGCUGAGUACAAGGUUGAAGUGAAAAGUGAAGACACUGGCAUUGUCUUGAAGCCAAAGCAGGAAGAGACUGGGAUUCUUUUGAAACCAAAACAGGAAUAUCAAACUAAAUCUGCUGCUCAAAUUGUACAUGAACAAAGUGGAAACAUGGCACCGUCUGCUCGAAUGGCAAUGACAAGAAGAAUUCAGCCACUUGUCUCUUUGAAUCCUUACCAAGGAAAUUGGACCAUUAAGGUUCGAGUAACUAGCAAGGGUAAUAUGCGAACUUACAAGAAUGCUCGUGGAGAAGGCUGUGUGUUCAAUGUUGAAUUGACUGAUGAAGAUGGUACCCAAAUACAAGCUACAAUGUUUAAUGAAGCUGCAAAGAAGUUUUUUGACAAGUUUGAAUUGGGGAAAGUAUAUUACAUUUCAAAGGGAACUCUUCGAGUUGCGAACAAGCAGUUCAAAACUGUACAAAAUGAUUAUGAGAUGACUUUGAAUGAAGCUUCCCAAGUUGAGGAGGCUAGCAAUGAAGAAGCUUUUAUUCCAGAGACAAAAUUUAACUUUGUCCCAAUUGAUGAAUUGGGACCAUAUGUCAAUGGCAGGGAGCUUGUUGAUGUUAUUGGGGUGGUCCAAAGUGUAUCUCCAACAAUGAGCAUACGGAGGAAGAGUAACAAUGAGACAGUCCCUAAGCGUGAUAUAACUAUUGCAGAUGAGACGAAGAAGACUGUUGUUGUUUCUCUUUGGAAUGAUCUUGCCACCCAUGUUGGACAAGAACUGCUAGACAUGGCUGAUAAAUCCCCAGUUGUUGCAAUCAAAUCCCUUAAAGUUGGAGACUUCCAAGGAGUGUCUUUAUCAGCAUUAAGCAAAAGCAAUAUUGUAGUGAAUCCUGAUUUACCUGAAGCCAAAAAAUUGAGAUCUUGGUAUGAUUCUGAAGGUAAAGAAACUUCUUUGGCAUCUAUUGGCUCUGGCAUGAGCCCCUCUACCAAGAAUGGAGCAAGAUCUAUGUAUACUGAUAGAGUUUCCUUGCUUCAUAUAACCAGUAACCUGUCCCUUGGCGAGGAGAAGCCUGUGUUUUUCAGCUUGAAAGCAUAUAUAAGUUUCAUUAAGCCUGAUCAAACCAUGUGGUAUCGGGCAUGCAAGACAUGCAACAAGAAAGUUACUGAAGCUUUUGGGUCUGGAUAUUGGUGUGAAGGAUGCCAGAAGAAUGAUGCAGAGUGUAGUUUGAGAUAUAUAAUGGCAUUGAAAGUGUCUGAUGCAAGUGGUGAAGCAUGGCUGUCUACAUUCAAUGAGCAAGCAGAGAAAAUACUUGGAUGCUCUGCUGAUGAACUUGACAAGCUGAAAUCAGAGGAAGGAGAAAUUGCAUAUCAAAUGAAAUUGAAGGAAGCUACAUGGGUUCCUCACCUUUUCCGAGUCAGUGUUGCCCCACAAGAGUACAACAAUGAGAAAAGACAAAGGAUAACAGUCAGGGCUAUUGCUCCAGUUGAUUAUGUUGCAGAAUCCAAAUACUUGCUGGAAGAAAUGUCUAAGAUGAACAUUGCUAUGUAAUGAGGCUAGCCUAAUUGAGAAUAUUAGAUUUAUUUUUGUUAUAUUUAAAGUCUGAAUGCUCACUAGGAUUGGUUAGUAAAACAGUUGUAAAUAUGUCUCACUGUCUUUGCUUAAUAGCAAUUCAGCAUUUUGCAUUUUAGUGGAUGCACCUUUUGCAGUUCAUAUUUUGUUGUGUAUUCACUAUUUAAUUAUGGUUCUACAUUUUAUCUAAUGGAGCAUUUCAAUUCUUGUUAUCA